GAUUGGCUGCGGGGCUCACGGGUGGCGGUUGGCUGCUCCUCGCACCUCCCCCUCGUGCUGCAACCGCCGCCACUGUGAGGAGCCACCGGCGACGCCAGAGCCGGGAAUCCGGGUGGACGGAAGAUGAAGCCAAUGAAGAAGGCAUGCACUGGCCUUUCGGGUUCUGGCAGCAACAACAAGUCUCCACCAGCCACAAGGGCCAAGGCUCUGAGGCGUCGAGGGGCUGGGGAGGGUGACAAGCCAGAGGAGGAGGAUGACGAGACACAGCCACAGCAGCAUCCAGGCCCAGAAGAGGCUGAAGAGGGUGAGGAGGAAGAGGCUGAGCAGGGCCCUGGGGUGGAGGGGCCACCCCUGGAGCUGCACCCCAGUGACCCUGCCCCAGGCCCAGCUGAGGACCCCAAGGGGGACGGGGAGGCAGGUCGCUGGGAGCCUUCACUUAGCCGCAAGACAGCCACAUUCAAGUCGCGAGCACCCAAGAAGAAGUACGUGGAGGAGCACGGUGCUGGCAGUGGUGGCACUGGAGCCUCUGAAGAGCGAGAGCGGACCCCUGAGGAGGCCAGUUCUUUGGGGGUGCCUCCACGGCCACCCACCUCCACUCGCUCUUCCUCCACUGACACAGCCAGUGAGCACUCAGCUGAUCUGGAGGAUGAGCCAGCUGAGGCUUGUGGUCCAUGCCCCUGGCCCCCUGGUGGCACCAGUGGUAGCUAUGACCUACGGCAGCUGCGAUCCCAGCGGGUGCUGGCUCGGCGUGGCGAUGGCCUCUUCCUGCCUGCUGUAGUGCGCCAGGUGCGUCGAAGCCAGGACCUGGGUGUGCAGUUCCCUGGUGACCGGGCCUUGACUUUCUUUGAGGGGGUGCCAGGUGGUGGUGUGGAUGUGGUUUUGGAUGCCACGCCACCACCAGGUGCAUUGGUGGUGGGCACAGCUGUCUGUACCUGUGUGGAGCCUGGUGUGGCUGCCUACCGUGAGGGUGUGGUGGUAGAGGUGGCCACUAAGCCAGCUGCGUAUAAGAUCCGCCUCAGCCCUGGCCCUAGCUCCCAGCCAGGCCCACCAGGCACAUUACCACAGCCCCAGCAGCCACAACACCGUGAGCCCGAGGAGGCUGUGUGGGUGGCCCGCUCCAGCCUGCGCCUGCUGCGGCCCCCCUGGGAACCUGAGACCCUACUGAGGAAGCCCCCCACAGGCCCCGAGGAGGAGCAGACAGAGCCUGGGGCCACCCUGCCCACCUGCCCUGCUGCCCUGGACCCCAAGCAGCCUGAGGAUGCUGAGGUCUCUAAAAUCAGCUUUGGAAGCAACCUGGGGGCUCACUGUGAGGAGGGUGAGGAGAAGCACCCAAUAGCCCUGGGCACCCCAGCCCUGCUCCCACUGCCCCCACCCCAGCUCCUGUCACCACCCCCCAAGUCUCCAGCCUUUGCUGGCCCUGGUCGCCCUGGUGAGCAGCCCUCACCCUGCCAGGAGGGGAGCCAGGGUGGCAGUCGGAGCAGCAGUGUGGCCUCCUUGGAGAAGGGGACUGCACCAGCAACCCGGGCCCGUACACCUUUGACCGCUGCCCAGCAGAAGUACAAGAAGGGUGACGUGGUCUGCACACCCAAUGGAAUCCGAAAGAAGUUCAAUGGCAAGCAGUGGCGACGACUGUGCUCCAGAGAUGGCUGCAUGAAGGAGUCACAGCGGCGGGGCUACUGUUCACGCCACCUGUCCAUGCGAACCAAGGAGAUGGAGGGCCUGGCAGACAGUGGGCCAGGUGGGGCCGGGCGACCAGCUGGUGUGGCAGCCCGUGAGGGUAGCACAGAAUUCGACUGGGGUGAUGAGACAUCGAGGGACAGUGAGGCCAGCAGUGUGGCUGCCCGGGGAGACUCACGCCCACGCCUGGUGGCCCCUGCUGACCUGUCUCGCUUUGAGUUCGAUGAGUGUGAAGCGGCUGUGAUGCUGGUGUCACUGGGCAGUUCGCGCUCAGGCACGCCUUCCUUUUCACCAGUCUCAACACAGUCGCCUUUCUCACCAGCCCCAUCACCCUCGCCCUCACCACUCUUUGGCUUCCGUCCUGCCAACUUCAGCCCCAUCAAUGCUUCACCUGUCAUCCAGCGCACUGCUGUUCGCAGUCGCCACCUGAGUGCCAGCACCCCUAAGGCAGGUGUGCUGACACCACCAGACCUGGGUCCCCACCCACCACCACCUGCCCCCCGAGAGCGCCAUUCCUCCGGCAUCCUUCCCACUUUCCAGACCAACCUAACCUUUACUGUGCCCAUCAGCCCCGGGCGGCGGAAGACUGAGCUACUGCCCCACCCAGGAGCAUUGGGGGCUCCUGGAGCAGGAGGUGGAGGAGCCACCUCAGACUUCCCCAAGAGUGACAGCUUAGACUCUAGUGUGGACUCGGUGUCCCACACACCUACACCCUCCACGCCAGCUAGCUUCCGGGCUGUGUCGCCCGCUGUGCCCUUCUCUCGCUCCCGCCAAUCUUCACCAUUGCUGCUGUUGCCCCCUCCUGCCGGCCUGACCUCGGAUCCAGGGCCCUCCGUGCGCAGGGUACCUGCUGUGCAGCGGGACUCGCCCGUCAUUGUCCGCAACCCUGAUGUGCCACUGCCCUCCAAAUUCUCUGGAGAGGUGGGCACUGCCAGUGAAGCGCGGGCUGGAGGACCUGGGCGGGGCUGCCGUGAGACCCCAGUGCCCCCUGGGGUGGCCAGUGGGAAGACUGGCCCACACCCGCCUCUGCCAGCCCCUGUGCCUAUCACCGUGCCUCCAGCCGCGCCGACUGCUGUGGCCCAGCCGAUGCCCACCUUUGGCCUGGCUUCUUCACCCUUCCAGCCUGUGGCCUUCCACCCCUCACCUGCUGCCCUGUUGCCAGUCCUUGUGCCCAGCAGCUAUACUAGCCAUCCUGCCCCCAAGAAGGAAGUCAUCAUGGGCCGGCCUGGAACAGUGUGGACAAAUGUGGAACCUCGCUCUGUGGCUGUGUUCCCCUGGCACUCCUUAGUCCCCUUCUUGGCACCUAGCCAGCCAGACCCUUCUGUGCAGCCCAGUGAGGCCCAACAACCUGCCAGCCACCCAGUGGCUUCCAGCCAGAGCAAAGAACCUGCUGAGUCAGCAGCUGUUGCUCAUGAGCAGCCACCAGGAGGGGCUGGAAAUGCUGAUCCUGGACGGCCCCCUGGAGCCACAUGCCCUGAAAGCCCAGGACCUGGACUGCCACACACUUUGGGGGUGGUGGAACCUGGCAAAGGUCCUCCUCCCACCACUGAGGAGGAGGCCCCUGGUCCCCCAGGAGAGCCUCGGUUGGAUAGUGAGACAGAGAGUGACCAUGAUGAUGCCUUUCUCUCCAUCAUGUCUCCUGAGAUGCAGUUGCCUCUGCCACCUGGAAAACGUAGGACCCAGUCCUUAAGUGCUCUGCCCAAGGAACGAGACUCAUCUUCAGAGAAGGAUGGAAGAAGCCCUAACAAGCGGGAGAAGGACCACAUCCGGCGGCCCAUGAAUGCCUUCAUGAUCUUCAGCAAGCGGCAUAGGGCUUUGGUCCAUCAGCGUCACCCCAAUCAGGAUAACCGGACUGUUAGCAAGAUUCUGGGCGAAUGGUGGUAUGCCCUGGGACCCAAAGAGAAGCAGAAGUAUCACGACCUGGCCUUCCAGGUGAAGGAGGCCCAUUUCAAGGCCCACCCAGAUUGGAAGUGGUGCAACAAGGACCGAAAGAAGUCCAGCUCAGAGGCCAAGCCCACGAGCCUGGGGCUGGCAGGAGGGCACAAGGAGACGCGGGAGCGGAGCAUGUCGGAGACGGGCACUGCCGCUGCCCCUGGGGUGUCGUCUGAGCUCCUGUCCGUUGCAGCCCAGACACUCUUGAGCUCUGACACCAAGACUCCAGGGAGUGGUCCCUGUGGAGCAGAACGGCUACACACAGUUGGGGGGCCUGGCUCUGCCCGGCCCCGAGCCUUUUCUCACAGCGGUGUACACAGCCUGGAUGGUGGGGAAGUAGACAGCCAGGCACUACAAGAACUGACUCAGAUGGUGUCUGGUCCCACAUCGUACUCUGGUUCAAAGCCUUCCACCCAGUAUGGCACUCCAGGCCCCUUCACAGCUCCUGGUGAGGGAGGCACCUUAGCAGCCAGUGGGCGCCCCCCACUGCUGCCCACCCGAGCCUCUCGUUCCCAGCGUGCAACCAGUGAGGACAUGACCAGUGACGAGGAACGCAUGGUCAUCUGUGAGGAAGAAGGGGAUGAUGAUGUCAUUGCUGAUGAUGGUUUUGGCACCACUGACAUUGAUCUCAAGUGCAAGGAACGGGUGACUGACAGCGAAAGUGGGGACAGUUCUGGGGAGGACCCAGAAGGCAACAAGGGCUUUGGCCGUAAGGUGUUCUCACCUGUGAUCCGCUCCUCUUUUACCCACUGCCGUCCCACACUGGACCCUGAGCCACCAGGGCCCCCGGAUCCACCUGCAGCCUUUGGCAAAGGCUAUGGUCCCACCCCAUCCUCUUCCUCCUCACCUGCUGCCACCACCUCAACCUCAGUAGCUAACUCCUACUCAUUGGGCUCUGGAACCUUCAAGGCCCAGGAGUCUAGUCAGGGUGGCACAGUUGGCCUACUACGGCCCCCACAUCCUGGGGCUGGGGGCCCAGUGACACCUUCCAAGGCUACUCGGUUUCUCCCAGCGGAUCCUGCCUCCUUCCGUCGCAAGAGACCUGAAAGUGUUGGCAGUCUGGAGCCACCAGGCCCGUCAGUCAUUGCAGCGCCUCCCAGUGGGGGAGGAAACACUCUGCAGACAUUGGUGGUGCCCCCAAACAAGGAGGAGAGGGAGAGCAGUGGAGCCCGAGUGCCCUCAGCCCCAGCCCCAUCACUGGCUUAUGGGGCCCCAGCAGCUCCCCUGGCCCGCCCUGCUGCCACCAUGGUCACAAAUGUGGUGCGGCCUGUCAGCAGUACUCCUGUGCCCAUUGCCUCUAAGCCCUUCCCCAGCUCUGGCCGGGCUGAGGUAUCUCCAAAUGACACAGCAGGUGCCAGGACUGAAAUGGGCACUGGGUCUCGGGUGCCUGGGGGCUCCCCAGUGGGGGUCAGCUUAGUGUAUUCGGACAAGAAGUCUACAGCAGCCUCUUCACCAGCCCCGCAUUUGGUGGCUGGGCCCCUAUUGGGCACUGUAGGGAAGGCCCCUGCCACUGUCACCAACCUGCUGGUGGGCACCCCAGGCUAUGGGACUCCUGCACCCCCUGCUGUUCAGUUCAUUGCCCAGGGAGCCCCUGGCAGUGGGAGCACUGCCGGUUCAGGAGCAGGUACUGGGAGUGGCCCCAAUGGGCCAGUACCCCUGGGCAUUUUACAACCAGGUGCCCUGGGCAAGGCAGGGGGAAUCACCCAGGUGCAGUACAUCCUGCCCACGCUGCCCCAGCAGCUUCAAGUGGCCCCUGCACCCGCACCAGCCCCGGGAACCAAGGCAGCAGCUCCCAGUGGCCCUGCACCCACCACCAGCAUCCGUUUUACUCUCCCACCGGGCACCUGCACCUCCACCAACGGCAAGGUCCUGGCCGCCACUGCACCCACUCCUGGCAUCCCUAUCUUGCAGUCUGUACCCUCCGCCCCACCCCCUAAAGCGCAGUCAGUUUCUCCUGUGCAGGCCCCGCCCCAAAGUGGCUCAGCCCAGCUGCUGCCUGGGAAGGUACUAGUGCCCUUGGCCACCCCUAGCAUGUCAGUGCGGGGUGGGGGGGCCAGCCAGCCACUGCCUCUGGUGAGCCAGCCUUUCUCAGUACCUGUGCAGAAUGGUGCCCAGCCACCCAGCAAGAUCAUCCAGCUGACUCCUGUGCCUGUGAGCACACCUAGCGGCCUGGUGCCGCCCCUGAGCCCAGCCACACUCCCUGGAACCACCUCCCAGCCCCAGAAGGUCCUGCUGCCCUCCUCUACCAGAAUCACCUAUGUGCAGUCAGCUGGCGGGCACUCUUUGCCUCUGGGCACCAGCCCUGCAUCCAGCCAGGCUGGAACGGUUACCUCGUAUGGGCCCACAAGCUCCGUAGCUCUAGGCUUCACCUCGCUGGGACCCAGUGGCCCCACCUUCGUGCAGCCCCUGCUGUCAGCAGGCCAAACCCCACUCCUGGCUCCUGGCCAAGUGGGCAUGUCGCCUGUGCCUAGUCCCCAGCUGCCUCCUGCCUGUACAGCCCCUGGAGGUCCUGUGAUAACGGCGUUUUACCCUGGCAGCCCUGCACCCACCUCAGCACCGCUAGCCCAGCCAUCCCAGGCACCCCCAAGCCUGGUCUACACUGUGGCCACCAGCACCACCCCUCCUGCUGCCACCAUUCUGCCCAAGGGCCCAUCAGCCUCUGUUACUGCCACCCCAGCCCCUACUAGUCCUUUUCCUAGUGCCUCAGCAGGCUCUAUGACCUACAGCUUAGUGGCUCCCAAGGCCCAGCGGCCUAGCCCCAAGGCCCCCCAGAAAGUAAAGGCGGCCAUUGCCAGCAUUCCUGUGGGCUCCUUUGAGGCAGGUGCCCCGGUGCGGCCUGGCCCUGCACCCCGGCAGCCUCUGGAGCCUGGCCCAGCUCGAGAGUCAACUGGCCCUGAGUCUGAGCUUGAGGGGCAGCUCACACCACCAGUCCCUCCACCACCACCAGAGACCUGGCCUCCCACUGCCCGGAGCAGCCCACCACCACCCCUGCCUGCUGAGGAGCGGACCAGCACCAAGGUCCCUGAGACUGUGGCCAGCAAAUUCCCCAGCUCAUCUUCAGAUUGGCGUGUCCCUGGGCUGGGCCUGGAGUCUCGUGGGGAGCCUCCCACUCCUCCUAGCCCAGCUCCAGCUUCAGCCAGUGGCAGCAGUGGUGGCAGCAGUGAGGGCAGCAGUGGGAGGGCAACCUGUGACACACCUGAGCGCAAAGAAGCGGCUAGUACCGGCAAGAAGGUGAAGGUGCGGCCCCCGCCCUUGAAGAAGACCUUUGACUCUGUGGACAACAGGGUCCUGUCAGAGGUAGACUUCGAAGAGCGCUUUGCUGAGCUUCCUGAGUUUCGGCCAGAAGAGGUGCUGCCCUCGCCCACACUGCAGUCUCUGGCCACCUCACCCCGGGCCAUCCUGGGCUCUUACCGCAAGAAGAGGAAGAACUCCACCGACCUGGACUCAGCUCCUGAGGACCCCACCUCACCCAAGCGCAAGAUGAGAAGACGCUCCAGCUGCAGCUCGGAGCCCAACACCCCCAAGAGUGCCAAGUGCGAAGGGGACAUCUUCACCUUUGACCGCACAGGUACCGAAGCUGAGGAUGUAUUAGGGGAGCUGGAGUAUGAAAAGGUGCCCUACUCUUCGCUGCGGCGUACCCUGGACCAGCGCCGGGCUCUGGUCAUGCAGCUCUUCCAGGACCAUGGCUUCUUCCCAUCAGCCCAGGCCACAGCAGCUUUCCAGGCCCGCUAUGCAGACAUCUUCCCAUCCAAGGUUUGUCUGCAGUUAAAGAUCCGUGAGGUGCGCCAGAAGAUCAUGCAGGCAGCCACUCCCACGGAGCAGCCCCCUGGAGCUGAGGCCCCCCUCCCUGCACCACCCCCGACUGGCACCGCUGCUACUCCUGCCCCCACUCCCAGCCCUGCUGGGGGCCCUGACCCCACCUCACCUGGUUCGGACUCUGGCACUGCCCAGGCUGCCCCACCACUGCCUCCACCCCCAGAGCCAGGGCCGGGACAGCCUGGUUGGGAGGGGACCCCCCAGCCCUCCCCCCCACCCUCAGGCCCCUCCACAGCUGCCACAGGCAGGUGAGGGACCCUUGAGAAGAUCCCAGGACCCAGAGUAACCCCCCUCUUUCAGGACACGGACAGUUUGUAGGUGGCAGGAGUGUGUGUGGGGGGGGGGGGGGGAGAUGGUUACCUCCUUCCCAAUAAAGCAAUUUCGUCCUUUCUAGUUUGGGGCGGAAUGAAGCCUGCUCCCCUUGUAAAUACUCCCUCCCCUCAACUCCCUCCCUGUGCUGGGGGGGGCAGCUGAGGGGAAACAGGGGCACAGCCUCCACUGAGUCCCUGUAUAUAACCUGGAGUAUGUGACCUUCAGAGCUUUUCACUUGGACUUUAUGCAAAAUGGCUCAUAUGAGGGCUGCAAGCUGGAGGGUAGUGUGGGCCUUGGCCCCAGGGAGGUGCCUGUGGAGCAGAGGGAGUUCAUGCACCCCUUUUUUCCCCCAGAGGGGCUGGACUCAGGUUAGUUUCGGGUGGGGGCUCCUGUACUUUGCCACAGGCAUGGGGAGGGUUCUCUCCACCCCCUCUGCCCGCCCAACUUGGGUUGUACUUUCUAAGAAGGUGAUUCCCCACCCUUUCCCCACCCCCAGAACAAAACAUGUUGAUCAUGUGCAAUAUUUCUUACUGUGCUGAGAAGCUGAAAUGACCGAGAUUAAAGCUGUUUAACACACCUGCGUGGCUGCUUACUUGCCCCCAAGUAGGAAGGUGUUGUACCAGUCCUGUUCCUAGACAGUCAUGGAGCAGUGCACUUCCACAAAGUAGGGGAGUAAUCCCAACACUUCAGCAUUACAGGGCUCCUGAGGGCCAAGGUCCUUGCGUCUAGAUGAGGCAGCCUCUCCAUCUGGGAACCAUGAUCCCCCAUCCUGAACAUUUGUGAUCUUGGAGGAAGUGGUCCACCCCACCACUUGUGGACUCAGGUUUACUGAAGACACAGAUCCUAGCUGGAUGUGUGGCUUAAGUGGUCCAAGCUCCAGUACUGCCAAAAACAAAAAAAAACAGGUCCUAGCCUAGAGGCCGUACUUGAGGCCAGACUAGAGUACUGAGCUGUCCCCAGUGACCCCUGCUGCACUCACAUGGCCUGAGCCACCACUGCACCCAGGAGGAGGAACUUGGGGAUGGGGUCACUCCUCCCAGUCAGCCUUUGGACAACAUGGUGCUCACCUGAGACACAUACCUGCACACUGCCGGGACCACCACUACUUGGUGAGGAAAGGAUCUGGAAAUGGCAUCUAACCUAGGGUCAGAGCACCUAGAAGUUCCACCUAGGGGAAUAGUGUAGGCUGAGAAGAGGGAUAAAUGGUGGGUUUAACUGGGAUCAUUGUUUCUAGAAUUUGUUUGAUCUUUUGGUGGCACUGGGGUUUGAACUCAGGGCCUCAUCUUGCUAGCCAGUUGCUCUACCACUUGAGCCACUUCAUCAGCCCCUCCUGUUUGA